GAAUGAUUGUAAAUAUUCAGUGAGACUAGCUAAAACCGCAACCGUCACAAGUUUAAUUCAUGCAUUGUCGUAAAUUAUGCACGUUUCGCUAAAUAUGCUUUUUAAAUUUAGGUGUUAGUGUAGCAGGCUAAUGCUGACGUCCUCGAACGACUCUUGUAAGUGGAAAUGAAGACAUUAAUCGUGGGAGUUGGUGGCAUGACCAAUGGAGGAAAAUCUACACUUUCCAAAAGUUUAAUGCAGAAGAUACCCAACAGCUGCAUCGUUGCACAGGAUGCAUUUUUUAAGGAUGAUUCUGUGGUUCCAGUGAAUGAAAAUGGCUUCAAGCAAUAUGACAUGCUUGAUGCUCUUCACAUGGAUGCCAUGAUGAGUCAGGUCAAUGCCUGGAGAACAAACCCGCAAGCUUUCUUAAAGGAAGCGGGUCAGAACGCUGGGAGUACGAUGUCAUCACCUGACCACGUGUUUGUGCUGAUUGUUGAAGGGUUCCUGAUAUUCAAUCACAGACCUUUAAAUGAGAUGAUGGAUAAAAGAUAUUUCAUGGAAAUACCGUAUGUCACCUGCAAGGAGAGACGAAGUUCGAGGGUGUACAAGCCGCCUGACCCUCCGGGCUACUUCGACGGACACGUGUGGCCAAUGUACCUGAAGAACCGUCAGGAGAUGGAAAACACAGUGACAGGAAUUGUAUUUUUGGAUGGACUGAAGUCAAAGGAGGAGCUGCUGGCAGCUGUGUAUCAAGAUGUUUGUAAGAACAUAAAUAUGCUUGGAGGUAAUUUGGCUGCAUAUUAGAACCCUCAGCAUGCUCAACUCAUAUGGAGAGUUGGAGACAUUUGUACAGUAUGUAAUACAGCACCAUACCUCAUUUCAUGGUUUACUUGAGCCCCUUUUUGAUGAAGAAGUCUGGUAAUGUACCGGUGUUCUGACGAAUGGGUAUCCCGGUCGAAUUGAUAUCCAAAGCGCUACUGAGCAUGCGCACGACAACCACGGCCUUCCAUUUUAUAGAGCUUUUUGACCACUUACAUGCAUGAAAAUCUCUCACCUUUCGGCAAAAGUUCAACGUGAAGUCAAAAAGGGUGACCUACGUGAAUUGUGUAGAUACGAGGAGAAUUUUUUUUUUUUACAGGGGGGUCGGGAGAUUUUUUUAAUGUUGGACGCGCUUGGUAUGCAAGCGGGGAAAGCAGCUCAAAGCCAAAAAAGUGCACCAGAGUGGCCAAAACAUUGACUUAUUUCAACGAAACAAAGGGGGGUACACUGUCUCUUCCACGCCAAGCUUGGCUGCACGUCGGCUGUGAAUGAACACCUAAAGCGCCGUCACCCAGUUGUAAUUUUGAAAGAUAACAGGAGACAACAAGCUGGCAGAUCGUAAGUCCAUCUAAUAAAGUAACAAUUGUUUUUAUUGAAGUUGCUAAGCCUGUUGCGAUAUGCAAUGAGUCCAUUUAUAGCACGGAAAAUAAAAAUGAGGGUGGUAAUUUUCACAGCUGCGUUUUAUCGCCGAGCUUGUGCAUACAUUUGUGCGUGCGUGCUGAUGGCACAUGAGACUCCAGUUCCUUUAACAGAUGUUUAUUGGUCAUCAACAUGCUGUAGAAUUAAAGUUCAGACAUACAAAAUAAGGAAAUAUAUCUAUAUUAAACACUGUAAACCAGACAUGUCCAAAGUCCAGCCCGGGGGCCAAAUGCGGCCCUCGGUCAAAUUUCAUCUGGCCCCCAGCCUCUGUCAUAAUAAUCAUUAACAUCUGGCCCGCAUAGACUUAAUAUAUUGGUCAGCAGUACUGCUACCAGCAUAUGAAGUAGCUUACACACUAAAUGCUGAUCCUCAUUUACCCACUAAAAGGCAGCAGCACUCUAAGCAACAUUACCCCGUGUGACCCUUUACUCCCAAUUUUCUAAAAUGGCGACAGUCAACAAAAACUUUUGACUGCGACGGCCGACGCUUCAGAAAUAGGUGGAAAUUGGACUAUUUCUUCACUAAAAUACGCAACAGCUGUGUCUGCCUCAUUUGCAAAGAGACAGUGCACUGUUUUUAAAUAGUUCAAUGUUAGCCAAUAUUACCAGAGGCGAUAUUACCAAACAAGACACGCUGACAUGUACGAAAAGAUUACAGGGAAGAAGUGAGAAAUUGAAGCAACUUGAAGCUAGUUUAAUUUUACAGCAGCAUUAUUACAUUAUUACAUUACAUAUAACAGCAGUAUUUCACAAGAGCUCGAGAGUUGAAAGACAACGCCACAAAGGCUAGUUGCGAGAUUGUUGAAAUUAUUAAUUUAAAAAAUUAGGGCUGCAGCUAUUGAUUAUUUUAGUAGUCGAUUAAUCGAUGAACUAGUUAGUUCGACUAAUCGAGUAAUCGGAUAAGGAACAUGAAAAAUUAAAAUACCUGAGCGGAGCCUCAAACGGUAUAAAAAAUAAGGAUUGACAAAAGAACAAUGGCUAACUUACAUAGCAAAUGUCUGCUAGCUUAAAUGCUAUAAAAUACUAACGUUUGUUUUUUGUUUGUUUUUUUACAAUGCUCUUGACAAAUGGUUCAGACACAUAUUCCCACAAAAAAAAAAAAAAACUGCUAAAUAUACCAAUACACUAAAUUACGAAUGCACAAAAAAAAAAAAAAAAAAAAAAAAGCUCAAACAAAAAUUUGGCUUAUGUUGGUUUUAACAUGGAGCAGCUGGAUUCAUCCAUGUGAAAUGAGGCAGACCAGAGGGCAGUGUAUCACUUUAAUUAAACGAAUACUCGAAGCAGCAAAAUUUAAUUUGAAUCUUUUUUUCUUUAAUCGAAUACUGGAGUUAAUCGAUUCAUCGUUUCAGCACAAACAAAAACAAAAAAAAAAGCAAAUGUGACACACAGAAUGGCUUGCUAACAUUUCCCUAAAUAUAUUGUUAUACGUAAAGGAUGUAAGCCAAGGUCGGCCCUCCACAUUUUUACCACACCAAAUCUGGCCCCCCUUGCAAAAAGUUUGGACACCCCUGCUGUAAACGUUAAUAUUGCUACAUUGAGGCUAAUGGGGGAAAAAGACAACCUACUUUAAGCUGCUAUAAAACUUUGGCAGUCUUCUCCAAAACGCAAACUUGGGGUUAAAAGGUGACACUUCAAACAUGAAAAUUCUCUCGUUAACAGCAUUUGCAAACAAAAAAAAAAGGGAAAAGAUUACUGACACCACAUGCAAUGACAAAAAGAGCUUUUUUUGCUGAGUGUAAAGUUUACGGUUAGUGGUUUAGCGAACGUACUUUCGGUGAACAUUUCAAAAUAAAAGCAUGUCAUGUUCAUCAUAGGCCUGUCGCGAUAACAAAUUUUAGUGUGCGAUAAUUUAUUUAAUAAAUUAUUGCGAUAUUCGAUAUUAUUGCACCCCCCCCCAAUUAAAAAAAAAAAAAAAAAUUACAAUAACACUGUGAGAAUACAGUAUUUAUUAAUAGAUCAUGUACACCCAUUUAAACGCAAUAAAUGUUUACUCUUAAAUUAAAAAAUGCUUUUUAGGAAAUCACAACUAAAACAAUAGACCAUGCCUCUUAAGUAAAAGACAACAAUAUUAAUACUGCACAGAAACACAGAAGAAAUAAAAUGUGUUUUUUAAUAAAAAUAAAAUUCCACUUAAUAAUUUAAGCGUCUAGGCAAAUGAAAACGUUUCCUCUCAUAGCUUCUGCUAUGGCAUUCCAUGUGUAAUACAGUGGUACCUCUAAAUACGGAGUUAAUUCGUUCCAGGAGCUUGUUUGUAAGUCGAAAUGGUCGUAUGUCGACCAGGAUUUUCCCAAAAGAAUACAUUAUAAUUCCAAUAACUCGUUCCACAGUCCUAAAACUCACACUACAUCCUAAAUAAGUACUGCUGUAACUAUUGCAAAUAGCAAUUACAAAGAGCAAAACAAAUAAAAUAUGAAUAAAAAUCAGAAUAACAAUAAUAUAAUAAUAGCAAUAAUAACAAUAAUAACAAUAAUACAGUACAGUACCUGUAAUAAUGUAACAAAUCGGCUUCUAAUGUGGCAGACUUUUUUGCUGUACCUGAACGCACUGCGGGGCUGACGGUGAGCAGGAGAGCACUAUUUUACUUUCGGUUUCGAUCCUGGCGUCAACAGCAGUGGACACUCGGCGAGUUGAUGGAAUAAAUGAUUUGAAACCUGACGAAGCUGGCGAUUUCUUAGGCGAUGUUACCACAAUAACAACUGUCACCUUAACUGGCGAACGGAGGGGGACCGCCGGCCGAGAUCGGCAUUCUCCUACCCAGUUCAUCGAUGCACACACCAUGCUUAUAUUUUGCUAUCAUUCACAUCUUCAUUUCAAUGGUAAGCGUCACCUUUUCUUUUUUUUUUCUCCACCUGCACUAAACCUAAACUGCACUAAACUAAAAACUAAAAUGCAUUUUGCGUAGUUGGUAACGAGGAAGGCGAACUUUUAACAGCACGUCAGCCGCACGCGUGCACGCAGGUGGACACGAGGCGAUAAAUAGCAGCGGAAAAAUUAUUGCCUUCAUUUUUAUUUACCGUGCGAUAAAUGGAAUUGUUGCAUAUUGCGACAGGCUUAGUUCAUCAUAUAAAUUACGAUUUCUGGAAUUAAUUCAACAUACUUCAGAAUUUAGAUUCUAAGAAUAGCUUUAAAAUGACACCUUUUAUGAAAAAUCUUAUUCGCAAUGAAUAUUUAUUACACUACUAUUAUAUAUAGUAGUAUACUAUAUUAUUAAUGAUAGAUUUUUUUUUUUUAAGAAUUUUGAAUCAUGUUGAAAGGGCAAAGUCAGUGUUCUGAAUCGGUUUGCAUUUCAUUUUUUUGCGCUUGUUAAUGCUAUCAGCAUUUGACCUCAUUGUUUAUUUGUUAUUUAUUGUUGUUAUUUACGUGUUUAUUUGUACUUUAAUAAAGAAUUUAACUGUUCCAAAAUUUUUUUGUGAAUUAAUAAGCGUAAUCAAAAAUUUCAUUUCUAAAUUAUUUAAAAAAAGGAACACAUUUUUUUGUAAGAUUAGUCGACUAAUCGUAAAAGUAGUCGACUCACUAAUCGGGAGAAAAUUAGUCGUUUGGGACAACCCUAGUUGUACAGUGUACUGGAACAUACAGUAUUUCCUCCACACCCUUCUCACAUUUUUAACCCCUGACCGAUUUUCAUGCCUGCGCUUAACUCUGUAAGCAAUUACAUAUAUGCCCAGAAGACCACAAUAGAGUCUUGAUGAUAUUGCGAAACAAUAUCGUUUGGACGUUAACGUUGUCUGAUAAACAGUAAACAUGUGGGCCACCUGGGUUUUAAUUAGAGGGGGAAUCUUUGGGCACCUAACGAUUCGAAUGUGAUUCAGAGGCUAAAAUUCGAUUAUAAAUCAAUUGUUGAUGCACCCCCACCCCCAGCUGCUUUUAAUGUUUUGUACAUUACUUAGAAAAAUUGUACAAAAGUCCUCUCGAGCUUAAAUAAACGACUAUUUACUUAUCAAGUUAAAAGUUAAAAACAGUAAAUAAAAUACGCAAGUCCCCAUUCUGUAUCAGCAGCUUUAAACUACAUUCAAUUAAUUUAAUGUUGUGAAUCAAUGGUUAAAGUUGUUAAAAUUGCUCCCGUUAUUCCAUAAUUUCCCUUCUGUCUACUUUCGACAUGUUAAAGUUUUAUGACUGUUUCAUCAUUUAAAGAUAGAUUCAAGUCCAGAUUUUGCCGAUUUAGGAGUAUUUUGGAUAAAAAGUUAAUUAUGUUCGCUUGGAAGGUUCGCUCAACAGCCCUCCAGGGAAGUCUACUGCUUUAAAAUGGUGGCUGUUUACUAAUUCUGGCAAGUCUGUCAUUUCGCAUCUAGUUUUCUAUAAAUGUGCCGCUAAUGCCGCCGAGUCUGUCAUUUCGCAUCUAGUUCUUUAUACAUGUGAUAUCUACCGUAGCAUUAUGUGGGCGUAGUUUGUAGCGGCUGUCGGCAGCAGUCAGGUAUUAGUGUUUUUUUUAAUCUAGCGGCAUGAAUUGAGCCAGAGCCAUGAGUUGAGCAUUGUCAUUACCCAGUUAAUGACAAGCAUGAUGUUUACUCUCGGUCCGUUCCUCAUUGCGUCCCGAAGACCGCGCUGACUGUGUUUUAAUUUCGCUUUACUUGGCAUAUUUCAAUAAUCGGAAUUUGGAUGUUUGUGAAUCGUUCUCGAAUCUCCCACGGCCAAACCGCGAAUAAUCUAAGAAUCGGAAAUUUCGCACACCUCUAGUUUUAAUAGUGUUUAUUGUUCAAGAAAGAAUAUUGACAUAGUAGGAAUAUUUAAAUAUGUAAUAUAUGUAUAAUAUGCGUAAAUAGACAUGUCAAAAGGUAAAGUAGAUUUGUUCAACAUUAAGCUGCUAUCAACAGCGGGGAUACCACUUCGACAAGGGAUACCCGUUCGUCAGAACACCGGCAUUUACCAGCUCAGCUAAGAGCUGCCGAGCCGUGUAACUACCGCUACAUUUCCUCCAGUAUAAACACAGCUUAGCUGGUAAAGUUAGGUACAUUUCCUUAUGUUCGAAAGCCACGGGUCAGGUAGAUUGCGGGUACCGUUACCUGGUAAUAUUAUGUCUGAAAAGCACUUUAUAAAAAAGGGCUGAAAGGUAAGGAUCUAUAAUUUCUUGUGCUUCUAAUGAACUGAAGACAUCAGUCAUGUGCGGACAACUUUUUCCCAAAUGAUGACUUCCUUAGAACUUCUUUUGAUUUUUUUUCCUUUUUUUUUUUUCUUUUUACUAUAUCGCAAUGUUAUUCUUGGAAAAGUCUGUUCUCUUUUUUGCCAUAUUAACAUGUAAUUUUACAUUUUAUUUUUUAGUCUCGUUCUGUUUUUGGGGGGGGGCAUAGUAAAAUAACUAUGUUCAGACAUUUUUUUUUUUUAAACCUAUAUGAAGUGAAAACAUCUUGGUAGUUUAUCUAAUAAUCCAAGCAGUAGAUUGAACAGCCAGCAAAAAUUAAUUGAUCACCUCUGAAUGAUUGGGUUGUAAUAUUGUUUAACAAAAUGUAAAUAACACACAAUUAAAACAUUAUUUCCUUAAACUGUUUGG